AUGCGAGUAAACCAAAAAAAAUGGAAUACUGAAUAUAAACGUAAAUACCAAAUGAGAAAAUGUACUGAAUCUAAACAUGAAGUUCUUAUUAAACAAAGACAAAAAAAUGCUGCAUACAAGCGUCAGUAUAGAGCUAGAAUAAACAAUGUGAAUGAAUUUUGGUGGGAUGUGUUACAUGCUUUGGGCAAAGAAGCUUUACAACCAUUAACUUUUAUGUGGAAUCGAAAAUGCUCUCACUGCUUAAGUAUGCUUCUUACAGGUGAAUUAGCAGAAUUUUGCUGCAAUCGUGGAAAGCGUA